GUGUGUAUGCGACUCUUGUCUGCCGAGUGAGUGAGUGAGUGAGCGCGGAAAACGGCAAAGCUGCCCCCCGAGAGCGGUGAACUUUGCGCCCCGCAGACCCCGUGCACCAAAGGACGACCUCGGAAAGAACUCAGGAGGCAGAACGCGCGGCUCCCUCCGCGCAAAGCAGGCGAGAAGCAGCAUCUCGAGCGUGUAGGCGAUGGACACCGUGUACCCAGAGCCGCUUUCCAGAUUGCACGCGGCGCAGCAAUAUCGGCGCCCCGUCCGCAAAAACAAAGGCCGCAAGGGCAACACCUCGGCGCGCUACAGGACCCAACCAGUCACCUUCCAAGAAAUACAGGAAGUUGAUGAGGAAAACCUGGACGACGGCGGCUGCCUGGCGAGGUACGAGGCGCACAGUUCCACCAACUCAAGGUCCGAAGUCGACCUGAAGACGCACUUCUCCGAGUUCCUCAAGCUGCAGAAGGAGGCGAACGAGCGGAAAAAAGAGCAGCAGAGCACGGACUCGCAAUCAGACACGCAGCAGCAGCAGCAGCAACAGCAACAACCGAGGCCGCCGCUGUGACUGCCCUGUCGGCGGCGACUCUCAUCUCACGUUUUCACAAGUGAUGCGCGCGAGUGUGAUUUUUAAUUUAGACUAAUAAUUUACUCUGCAUUUGGUCCUUUAGACACGUAUUUCUACGAAAAUGUGUAAAGUUUCGUUUUUUUCGCGGUAAUUUCGAGGGGAUGUACGUUUUUUCUAUGAUUAAUCGUUAAAUUGAGUGUAACUUACGCUUUAGCGCAAAUAAAUCAUAUACGUUUUACUAACAAA